GGGACCGUGAGAAGUGGCCGACGCCGAGCCACCUUUACGCCACUCUUGCGCGCCGGAAGUUGGGCUUUGCGCACUUCUGGUCGCUAGCCGGACAUCUGCCAGCUGUACCCUCGGCGUCGCUGAGCCAUGGUCUCGGACGAAGAGGAAUUGAAUCUUUUGGUAAUCGUAGUUGAUACCAAUCCAAUUUGGUGGGGGAAGCAAGCCUUAAAGGAAUCUCAGUUCACUCUAUCCAAGUGCAUGGAUGCCGUGAUGGUGCUGGGGAACUCCCACUUAUUCAUGAAUCGCUCCAACAAACUCGCUGUCAUAGCAAGUCAUGUUGAGGAAAGCCGGUUCCUGUACCCUGGGAAGCACGGCAGACUUGGAGACUUCUUUGGGGACCCUGGCAACCCCCUUUCUGACUGCAAUCCCUCUGGAAGCAAAGACGGAAAAUAUGAGCUGCUGACGGCCGCAAAUGAAGUGAUCGUUGAAGAGAUUAAAGAUCUGAUGACCAAGAAUGACAUAAAAGGCCAACAUACAGAAACUCUGCUGGCGGGGUCCCUGGCCAAAGCACUAUGCUAUAUUCAUAGAAUGAAUAAAGAAGUUAAAGAUAAUCAAGAGAUGAAAUCAAGGAUACUGGUGAUCAAGGCUGCAGAAGACAGUGCGCUGCAGUACAUGAACUUCAUGAAUGUCGUCUUCGCUGCGCAGAAGCAGAAUAUUUUGAUCGAUGCCUGCGUUUUAGAUUCAGAUUCAGGACUCCUCCAGCAGGCGUGUGACAUCACUGGAGGACUCUACUUGAAGGUGCCUCAGAUGCCAUCGCUUCUGCAGUAUUUACUGUGGGUUUUUCUUCCUGAUCAGGACCAGAGAUCUCAGUUAAUCCUCCCACCCCCAAUUCAUGUGGACUACAGGGCUGCUUGCUUCUGCCAUCGAAAUCUUAUUGAAAUUGGCUAUGUCUGUUCUGUGUGUCUGUCAAUUUUCUGCAACUUCAGCCCCAUCUGUACCACAUGCGAGACAGCCUUUAAGAUUUCUCUUCCUCCUGUACUGAAGGCCAAGAAAAAGAAACAGAAGAUGUCCACGUGAUUUGAAACAACAAAUACAGUACAGAUGUCAUCACUUAAGGCCAUGUGUAGGCUUUCUGUGGUGGGAUCUCUAUUGAGAAGUCUGAAAAAUCAGCUAUGUAUAGGAUAACUUCUUGCAGAAAAUGCUUGAAAGGUGUAUUAUCCUGUGUUUUUUGCAGAUAAUUGUCUCAAGGGCAUCCUAUGCAGCACACCUUGAAGCCUCCUCUGGCUGGUGUUUGUACAGAAGUGGGGUUAAAGCACAAAUUUGAGACUUGUAUUUGUUUUAAGGCAGCAGUCAGUCUUACAGCAGAAGCCAGAUGAUGACUGUUUUUUGCUGGUGCUGGGGACUGGCCCCAGGGCCUGCCUUGCACCUGGUGGGAAGGCACUCUGUUCUGUUGCUGUGCUUCCUUAGCCUUUGUUUUUAUUGUUUUUUAAGUAUAUUUGCAAAAACACAUUUGUGUAAAUAAGAUUUAAAUUUUCUUUUUAGAGUAUCUCAGAAGCUAAAUUUUAUUUAAAUAAUUUGGUGUUUGGUUGGGUAUUUCCUCUACAUUUGAUCUUCUGCAUUUGCUGAAUUUUUAAUAAAUGCACAAAGAUUUUGGUGAUCACUUUGCAAAUACCUGUUAAUCAUCAAGAUUGAGAAUCACUUUGUCUCUAAAAAAUAUUGACUACUUUAGGGGCUAGGGGUAUGGUUCAAGUGGUAGGGUGUUGUUGAGCAAGCAUAAGGCCCUGAGUACCACCAGUAAAAAGAUUUACUGUUUCACAGACUAAAGGUAAUGAAAUAACUUUUAAGUCUAGGAAUGUUUCAUAGAUAAGAAGAUGAAUAAUCUUUGAAACAAGCCAACAAGGCUUUGGUAUUUUUUUUUUUUUUUGCCAGUCCU